AGAAAAUACACGUAAUUGCAAUUUUCCUGAUUUUUUCAUCGAGCUAAGGUUACCCGUGCAAGUCAGGCGAGUCGACUUUAUCGAGAUAUAAAUUUCACGAGUACUUUUCAUCGAUAUAUCCUGAAAAGAAGCAUCGUUUUGGAUCUUUUCAUUUUGGCAACUUUUCUUCAUUUCCUUAGAUCAAGUCACUGGAUCAAAUCACUCGAAACAGACGUCCAUAUAAAGGCAGUGACAAAGUUUCUUGGCUGUGCUGUUCACAGCAGGCUAGGACACUGUUAGAAGACUCUCUGGAUAGGAUCUACCUUUGAACAACAUAAUGAAAACCGUUGAAGAUUUAACAAAUGCCAUUGGAUCACCGGGACGUUUUCAGAUCAUGCUGUGUGCUAUACUCUCGUGUUCCUAUCUAUUCACUUGCUUCGGUCAUCUGGGAAUGGCUUUUUAUGCCGCCAAAACUGAUCAUCACUGUUUUCUCCCAAACUCCUCGACGACAAGCAUCAAAUACUCCAUACCAAAUGAUGGUAAAAAUGGCAAAGAUCAAUGUCAUCUUUCAUAUGGGUUAAUAAAACCAAGAAAACAUCCUGUCUUUUUGGUUGGACGUAUAAUCUUCAUGGGAAAGAAAAACCAUCAUUUCAGAGUGGAAUCUUGUUUGCGACAACAUGUACAAAAGCAACGUUGCCACUGUGCUGUAUUUUUGUGGAGUGAUGUUGGGAACAAUUGUCAUCGUAUCAAUUAUUUCCAUAUAUCAAUAUUCACAAGCAUGCGCAGUACAUGA